AUGGCAGAAAACCUAUUUGUCAGAGAUGUUUUACAAACCAUUAAUGGAGAAACCCAAGCAGUGAUUACUAAUCUAACAAAGUUCCAUUAUUUUUUUUUCUCAACUAAAAAUGAGUUUCUCAAUGCAGUAAUCGCAGCUUCAUAUUCAGAUUUGCUAAGAAAUAAGUUCAGCAAAAAGUACGUCGCCCAUACAACUAUUAUGGUUGUUCAGGAUGAUCAUAUGGAUGAAAUAAAUAGACACACGACAUCCCUUUUUCCAGGAGAAGAACGUCAGUAUCUAAGUAAGGAUUAUAUAUCUUUUGCUACUGAGAAUUACAACGAAGCAAAGCAGCUGUAUCCUACCGAAUUUCUGAACAAGGUGGAAAUUGCAUACAUGCCAAAACAUGAGCUGCGACUGAAAAUUGGAUUACCAAUUACUCUUUUGAGAUGCCUGGACGAGAAAAAAGGUAUCAUUACUGGCACAAGAUUAAUUAUAACGCAAUUGCUAGAACAUGAAAUUGUUGCUGAAGUGCUAACAGGACCUGCAGUCGGGAAGAAAGUAGUUAUAGGUAAGCAUGUGAUGAAAUCAACAAAUGCAAUACCACUCACUAGAUGUCAGUUUCCAGUAAAAAUAGCAAUUGUAAUGCACAUGGACAGAAGCAGAGGACAAAGCUUACACAAUGCUGGAUUCUACUUCAAGUCAGGAUCGUUUGAUGAAGAUAACAAUCUUGCAUACAUUGGCAUUUCAAAUACAGGUAAGGGAGCAUCAAAAACAAAGAUUACCAUCAUCAAGAAGAAUGACUUACUAGAUGGUUAUACCAAGACUACUGUGCAUCAACACAUUCCUGACAAUUCCAGCUCUAUUGACCGUAUGAUCCUCCAAAUCUAA